AUGUCAACACCGACUGUGGCCAUCGAACGGAAGCAAGAGAUCGAAGAAUAUAUCCUCGAGACCAUUGACGCCAUUGUAGACCACGUCAACCGGCGCGCCUGGACGCAAGACUCCAACUCAGAGUACCUUGCUACGGCAACGGCCAACGACGUCAAGCAGACUCUGAUACUCGAGAAGAGCAUCGAGGAUUCUAAACUAUCUGUUGUCGGUUGCUCUAAGAGCCUACAAAAUCUUUUCCGCCAGUUCAUUAGCGCAUAUCCUAGCUACCGCUUGAGGGUGACUGAUGUGAGCACGAGGGUCCAUGAAGAUGCCGGCUGGGCGAUUUCAUACGUGGGUAUGGAGACAGCGGACAUGCCGCCGGGUGUUGUGAGAGGCAGUAUGGGUAUUUUCGAGUGGAAAGUUGUGGAGCGAAAUUGGUUACUCGACAAGUACAGAGGGAUACUCGGCAACAUGUGA